AUGCCGUCCACAUUCUUCAAGAACCGCAGAGUCUACCUGCUGACGGGCGUUGCCUACAUGGGCUCGCUGCUCUUCGGUUACGACACUGGAGUCAUGGGCAGCAUUCUUGCGCUCAAGUCUUUCAAAAGGGACUUUGGCUUACCGACAGACUCGUCUGGCUUCGCCGACUCGAAAAACGCCUCAGUCUCUUCCAACGUGGUGUCGCUGCUUACAGCAGGAUGCUUCUUCGGUGCCAUCGGAGCCGCAUGGCUUAACGAGCGCUUCGGCCGACGGUACUCUCUCAUGGGCUUGUCUUUGGUCUUCCUCAUCGGUGCUGCCAUCCAGACGGGUGCCCACCACGAAAUCGGAUUGAUCUACGCUGGUCGCGUCAUUGCUGGUCUCGGUAUUGGAGGGAUGUCUUCGAUCACGCCCGUGUUCGUAUCUGAGAGCGCUCCUCCAGCCGUCCGAGGACGCAUAACAGGACUCUUCCAAGAAUUCCUCGUCAUCGGCAGCACAUUCGCCUACUGGCUCGGAUACGGUGUGAACCUACACAUGCCUAGCACCACCAAGCAAUGGAGAGUUCCUGUAUCGAUUCAGCUUAUUCCCGGUGGGUUCAUGCUACUCGGACUAUGCUUUCUAAAGGAGUCUCCCCGUUGGUUGAUGUCCAAAGGAAGGCAUGAAGAGGCUGUCGAUUCUCUGUGUUUCAUUCGCUGCGAAACACCCGACAACCCAGAGAUACAGCAGGAACUGGCCGAGAUCCGCGCAGCGGUUGAAGAGGAGCUGAAUCAAACAGAGGGAAUUACAUGGAAAGAGUGUCUUCUCCCCGGCAACCGAUAUCGAUUCAUAACCGGAUUUGUUCUCAUGUUCUGGCAGCAAUUUAGUGGAACAAACUCGAUUGGUUACUAUGCACCGCAAAUUUUCCAAGCGAUCGGUGUAUCCAAGUCCAAUGCUUCGUUAUUCGCGACUGGUAUCUACGGUACGGUCAAAGUCAUCACGACUGGAAUUUUCCUCAUCGUAGGCAUCGACUUUAUCGGCCGGAAAAAGUCUCUCAUGGCUGGUGCGUUAUGGAUGGCGUCUAUGAUGUUUAUCAUUGGAGCAGUGCUCGCAACCCAUCCCCCAGAUCCUAGCGCAUCUUCUGUCAGCUCUGCAUCCAUGGCCAUGGCAGCCAUGAUCUACCUUUAUGUCAUUGGGUACUCAGCCUCAUGGGGCCCAGUUCCAUGGGUCUAUCUCUCAGAGAUCUUCCCGACCCGUCUCCGUUCCUAUGGCGUAGGAAUGGGUGCAUCGACCCAGUGGCUCUUCAACUUUGUCAUCACCAAAAUUACCCCGGCCGCAGUCAACGGCAUCGGCUGGAGGACAUUCCUGAUGUUUGGAAUCUUCUGCCUUGCCAUGGGCGUCUUUGCUACUUUCUUCAUCAAAGAGACCAAGGGCAAGAGUCUGGAAGAAAUCGAUAUUCUCUUUGGAGAUGUGUCAGCUGAGCAACGUAUCCGGGAUGUUGAAGCGAGCAUGAAAGAGGAGCAGCGAAAGCACUCUGUGAAUUAUACUGAGGAUGCUACCGAGCUUGGAAACCGAGCAGGCAAAGACUGAAAAGGUUAAACUGAGAGUGUCUUGGUCUUGCGGUGACGCCUGAGGUGAUCGGUUUUUAACAAGGUACCUACAAAUUCAGGAGUAUACAAAAUUGAGAUGUCCAUAAACCCUGUAUCGUCUACUUUCAACCUGAUUUUCGGCAGAAAGACGAUUCCUAGCAGUGUUGGAAGUUCAACAGGUGUAAAUGGGCUCGACCUAGCUGGACGACAA